AUGCCGGAUCUGCAAGAGCUAUUCGCCCAAGUUGACUCCAUGCAGGAUGAAGUUAUCGCCCUGGAACGAGCCUUGGUACAAAUUCCUUCGGUGAACACCGGCUUCAUGCCCACCGGAGACGAAACUCCGGUCUGCGAGUUAGCGCGGGACUUCCUUGCUGGUGACGGCAUCGAUUCGGAAAUCCUUGAAUCCGCUCCCAACCGGGGCAAUUUGAUCGCCCGUUUAGAGGGCCGCUCGGGUCAAGCAGGCUUAAUGUUCAUGUCCCACACCGACGUAGUGCCGGUUGAGGACGAAUCCAAGUGGCGAUUUCCUCCUUUCAGCGCCACCAUCCACGAGGGCAGGAUAUUCGGACGGGGCGCCUCCGACUGCAAAGGACUCCUUACUUGCCAGCUAAUGGCCCUUCGCCUGUUGAAGCGCAACGGAAUUGAGCUUGAGGACGGACUUAUCCUGGCUGCCGGCGCCGACGAGGAACAUGGCGGCAGGUACGGUUUUGGCUGGCUGGCUGACAAUCACCCCGACAAGUUGGCCGCUCCCUAUGCUGUCAAUGAAGGGGGUGGCACGCCGGCCUUCACCCGCCAAUGUCGACGCCAUCAUUUCCGACAUCGAGUCGGACAAUCCCCGGUUUGCCUCAAUGCUGCGGGCGCUGUCCCGCAUGACUCUUACACCAACCAUGGUUCGGGCGGCAUAAAGAACAGCGUUCCUGAGUCCAUCCGACUGACCUGCGACGUGCGUACCCUGCCCCACCAGGACGAACAGUACGUCCGUCAACAACUUGACGAAGUCCUAGAGGGAAUUGAAGGUGUUUCCUACGAGAUUGACUACAUGGCCCGACCCAAUUCGUCACCCUUUGAGUCUGAACUUUCGUCCAGCCUGCGUCGGAUAACCGCUCAAGCAUUGGACCGGGGCGAUAUCCAAUGGGUGCCGGCGAUCAGUAAUGGCUUUACCGAUUCACGUUUCACGCGUCCCCUUGGUACAGUUACGUACGGCUUUACCGGCUCUCACCCCGACGACGAUCCCAUGCUUAAUUUCACGCACGGAACCAACGAAUCAAUGGGGAUAAGGAGCCUGAUCAGCGGCACCAAGAUAAUGCUGGGGCUGGCCUGCGAUAUGCUCGCCGUCAAAUAG